UAAACAAGAAGCCACAAUCCAAUCAUAUGUUUUAUAUUGUUACAAAAGGAAGAAGCACUGUUAGCUAAAGAAGCUAAAUACCGUAAAUUAUGCACGGAUAUUUACCACUGCUCCCCAAGAACAUCCAAGAUAAAAUAAAGGGAAACCAAACCUACAAUCGUUGUGACACCCGUUCACAGUUGGGAAUGGGGACGAAUCGUUGCUACAAGCACCGGCACAAAGCACUUUCCCGAAAUGCUACCAUAACGAAUUCAAUUCGUGCUGAGAAAAGUAAGGUCAUAUACACAUACCUUCCUGUAAGGUCGAGAUGCACGGGAUAACGUUUUGCGUUUCGUAAACAUCCAAAUUACAACUGUACAUCUUUCCGCCAUCACAAAUCCUAUUCUCCACCAAAGUAUUCUCGAUUUUCGAUCAUCAAGUAAUCUCGUAUUGAUAGCGGUAUUUAACAAGGCCAAUGGUGGGAAUAAACUUUUAGCACAUUCGUAAUCUGAUGGUCGUUCACUAAGAAGGUGGAUUAAUAUUGCGAGGAUCUAACUGCAGGAUUUGGGGGAAAAACACUUUUUUUUACCGCUUAUAAGUAUAACUGGAUUCAUUGAACUAUUGAUGCGUAGGAAGUAUUUUGACGUGUUUGAUCAUUUUAGCGUUACUUUAAGAAAAUAGAAAAAAGAACAGCUGUACAUGGGUUUCGUUCAACACUUUUUUCCAGCGUUUUGUGUCAAGCGCUGCAUUGAACUGUCUUGAGAAUAAACGGACGGAAGUGUGUUUGCUAGGAACUUCUGGGUGAAGGAGAGCAAUUUUUAAAACCAAAUUUGAGGCAAAUUGCAACAGGGUAUCAUCAUGUGAAAUGCAAAAGUUUUCAAGGAAAAAAUUGCAUGUUUUACUAACUGCACUGUGAAAUAUGAGCGCGUUUCAUAUGAAAAAACCGAAGAAACAAUCGAGUGCAAGCAUUACUGACGCAUGAAAUCUGCUUUUCAACAUCACCCGUUUUUAAUCUGAUGAUGAAGUAUUGUGAAAAAUUAAAACAAUGUUUGUUUUGUCUUAUUAGCCGGGUAUAAUCAAUUUAUUAGAGAAGAGUCGAUGAAACGUAGGUAGUUUUAAGUACCGAUUGACUUGCGUUUGAAGAGCAUUCAAAUAAAAUAAAGAAUGAAAGCAUAGUGUGUGUGUGUCCAUAAAGGCAAGGAUGCGGAAAGAGUUAAAAACUUUCAUGAAGAGAAGAGGAGUGUAAAAAUUCGUUAAAUGAAAAUACACGUAGCAGAGUACAUAAAGGGGGGACAUACAUUGAAACUAAAACAAUAUACAAACAAAAAAUCGACACAAGUAAAAUCAACCAACCAAUGGAAAGUAGAUUAAUUUAUUUGCUGAACAAGUUUCAAGCACCUUGUGACACGGAGGAUGUAGAAGCAAAAUCGCACUGCGUUGCAGAAACCGUGCGAUGUACAAUUUUGCUGGGAGAAAGAUUUAAAAAGUAACAUAAAUCAUUAAAUAAAAUGUCGUAGAGAGGGCCUUCCUGAUGAGCAUGGAAGGACUAACAGAAUAAAGCACUAAUGAGAGAUAUCAACGAGUGUGGCAGGAAGGUGCGGAUUCGUUGCUAUGCUGUGCCGGGAGGCGGUAGAUGAUAGCAACACAUAAAUUAUGUUGGGAACACGCGAUAACGUAGCAAUGGGGAAGGGAGAGAGAAAGCGAGAGAGAGGUCAACGAGAAAACAAUGAAUGAAAAGAUGAAAAAACAACCAACAAACAAGGAAAAAAUGUAAGAAAUAAACAUUUUAUUUUGAA